GGCACCGAAGCUUCGGCCCAGUGCGGCAGGAAAAUCCCACGUGCAACGGUGCUCUUAGGUGCGAGGAGGUCUGCGGGCAGUCCUCACCCUUGUCCUCCUCGACUUCGGUAGCCCGCCUUCGCCCUCAGGCCACUCCGUUCUCUCCUCGCCGUCUUCACAAGCUCGUCUCGAGUCAAGAUGUUCGCUCUCUCCUUCAUCGCCUCUGCCUUGGCCGCUGCGUCCGUUGUGUACGCCCAGACCUCCUCGUCGGCUGCCCCGACGCCCACACAGUGGAAUAUCACCGUCGGCGCCUCAUCGGUUAACGCUGCGAUAGGAGACACGGUCUACUUCAAUUUCACUCAGGGCAACCACACUGUCAUCCAGUCCACGUUCCCGUCGCCGUGCAUCUGGAUUGACGAGACCAACGUCACCGUCAACGGCUUCACCACCGGCUUCCGUGAUGCUGGCAAUUUCACCACCAUCACCAACUUCAUUCUCCCCAUCACGGACAACAGCACGAUCUGGUUUUUCGACUGGAACACUUGUGCCAUUGGGAGUUCGUGGCAGACUCUUGCCGGCUUUGUUGUAUGUGCCACUGUGAAGUCCGCAGGAUCCAGUGCUAACUCGAUUGAUGCAGCGCAACGCUAAGCG